UCAUUACUUUCACAGCCCUUCUUUCUUUAUUACAUUUUACUGUUACACUCAGUUUGGCAGCCAAUACGCGGUCCAUGCUUGUGAAUAUUGAUCACAUUGUCUGAUCAGUGAGCGCAAGAAGUGGUGCCGCUGCGCUUCCAGAGGAGCGAAACAAUCAUGUGUUGAGAUCCGUGCGUCAUCGGGACCCCGACGGUGCGUGCUGCUUCUGUCCGUCGUGCCUCAGACCGGAGCUGGAGGGUCGGAGGGUGCUCACACCGAUCACUAAGCAGCGCGUAAAUAGACUCCAUAUUCCGACCAAUCCAUCGCGCCUCAACCCGGAUGACCCCUGGCGUGACGCGUCACUCCGGUGAGGGUGAGGAGGGAGCAGUUGCAACUGUGGAGGAGGAGGAGGAGGAGGAGGAGAGGAGCAGAUCUGCAGGUGCUCUAGCGCUGUCGUAAAGCAGGAGAGUCUGCGAGUAUUAGAGCGAUGCCAGGGGUAACCAAGUACAAUUUAGUGGAUGACGCGCACGAUUUGAGGAUCCCCAUGCACAACGACGAGGUGUUUAAGCAUGGGGUCUGCUUCGAGGCGAAGGUAGGGACCCUCCGCAACACAUACUUUAUGAGUGACAGCAAGCGACUGAUGCAUGAGGAUCACUGUGUGCCAACUAUUGAAUUGCCACUGCUGUUUUUACAACCACUGUGCACCCUCAUUUAUGAGUUUGUAUGAUUGUGCUUCUUAUUCUUACACUACAGUACAGUCCACUUUGCAUGACUUUAAAAUGUUUGACCUUUCCAGACAUGAAGAAGAGUUGUUUUGACAAAAAACUUGGUGAAUGCAGACGCUUCCAUUCGUGAGCUCACGUUGGACAAACUUAAGAAGGAUGAAGGUCAAUCCUAUGGCAGCUGGUCAAGUCUAAAGACUUGUUUUAUGGAAUAAAAAAUUAAUAGUUUGAUCUAAAAAAAUUUUAAAAUGUGUAUUAAAAAUGUGUCACAAUCUACUGGUGUUAAAAUAUUACACUUACGGGCAAAAUAAGAGGAACAUUCUCCAAGAUAAGAGUGAGAUGCUGGAUUCAUCUUUAUUUUUCUUGUCAUUAUGAAAAAUUGACAGAAUUCAUGGUAAAAAAAAAAAAAACACAAAUAGUUUUCAGUAAAUGAAUGCAUGAAUAAUCAGACUAAUAGUGGCAGCUGUAGUGUGAUACUGAAUUCAGCAUAUAACUCCAAAAGUGCAUAAAAAAGCUGUCAAACCUGUAUUCCCAAAGAUAUCAGGAGAAUACGUUCCCUAAAAUCAAUGGUAUCAUACUCUUUUGUUUUGCAGUACAUUGGGAGUUUGGAGGUGGGUCGCCCCGGCAGCCGGAUGGAGAUAGUUGCUGCAAUGAGGAGGAUCAGAGUAAGUCACUUAACCCACUACUAUACUUGACCCCUGAGUCAAUAGCAGUCUAAACACAUUAACAGAGACCCCCAGACUGAUGGUGUGCUUUCACAUUAAACCACUCUUUCACUCCCUCUCAUUCUUUUCUCUUUUCUUGGUUGUAUUUCAUGUCUCACCUUGUGCUUCCUGCAUCCUUACUCCCCUCAAAAUCUCUCUACACACAUUAAUCACCAGUCUGCGUAAAACCCCACACUCGGCAGAUUCAGUGGGCUGUCAGCAGUGCUUUAAACCACGGCAGGAUUCAUGAGACAGAUUUUAUGGCUGAGGAGAGACACAGCGUGCAGGUUUUAUGUGUACUAUUAGAAAAACCAACUCGCUCCACAGCCUCCCUGCAGACCUGACAAGGCCACAGGAAACCAGCACUGCCUUGUCAUUACACAUGACUGCAGCAUUACACACAGAUACGCUCAGGGAGGAGAGGAUUUAGCUGCUUGUCAGCUGUUAGAUCUAAUCUAACAACGCGAGUUAUUGUGUCGCUCAGAGGUCAGACACAUCCCGAAUGACACCAAGGGAAGACUUAAUCCUGAUCCCUCAUGUUUGCUGCAGUGUUAUGGCCAUUUGAUUGUGCUGGCGAAGAUUCAGAGAUGUUGUAUGAUAGAGCUGACAGAUCUUUUCAGGAAUCUCUGAUUGGUUUUCUAUUUAGAUUUUUUUUUCUUUUUUUUCUGCACUAAAGCACUUUCAUGCAGAUUUGAGUCCAGUUUAAAAAUCAUCCUUAAAAAAGUCACCCAUAGUCUUUUGAAGGCAUGAAAGCUGUGUCCAUGUAAAAACCUUUUCAUCCGUCCCUAAACAAACAUUUAAUUAAACUCCUUUGUUGUUUGGCUCUUAUCUAAAAAGCGAAGUUUGCAAAGUGCUUCUCUGCAAAGCUUCACUGCAGAAAUAAUAAACCCAGGGGAGAUAAGGAAUAUAAGAAAAGAGGGGAAUACAAUAAACAAAAUUAUUCCUGAUGUGAGCAAGAUUUACGUUGAUAAGAUAAAAGCGAGUCAGUAGGAGCAUGAAGGCUGUUUGUGAGCUCUGUAAUAGCUCAGUAAUUAAGAGUCCUUGCUCUUGGGGGGGAGGGUCGCACUCACUGAAUAUUCAAGAGCGCAGGUGCCCUUGAAAGACUCACAGCUGCUUAGAGAGAAGAGUAAAGGUGAGCUGACACAACCUGUAGAGCGUGAGCUGUGCUGGAGAGUAAAGUUCCUCAGAGUUACUGCUAGACUGACGAAGAAUCUGAUGAAGACUUUUGGUAUCAAAUUUGCAGAAUCCUUAAUUUCAUUUCUGGCAGACAUGUGUCAGCGCCAUCUUUUCCUUACCGACUUUAACAGUUGGGUUAUCAAGCAACACCAACUACUCCUCUGAUGCCAGAACAAUAUAAAAGCACAAUACUGAUGGAUAAAGUUUGACUGAAUGCUUGCUUAAGUAUUACAACUUUUCUGUUCAUACUGAACUAUCACAUAGCUUGAAAUCAGGAGGGCCGAUUGGUUAUAAUUUGGAAUGGGCUCUAUGCACAGCUUCACUACUUCCUGAACUUAAGGCAGCUCCUUUAUUUCCUCUUACAUUAUUGGACAAACUAAUUAAUCCAGGUGUAACUGAUCAUUAUGACUACUCAGAAACUCCUGGUUUAAUCAGUUUGUCCAAUAAUGUAAGACAGGAAAUAAAGGAGCUGCCCUAAGUUCAGGAAGUAGUGGAACUGUGCAUAGAGCCCAUUGUAUGACGGAGCAUUAGGGCCACAUUAAGAAAAGAAAAAAUGUUAGACCUCGGAAUUACUUAUGAGAAUAAAGUCGUAGGAAAAUCAUUACUUACAAGAAUAAAGUCAUAAUAAAAAUAAUUAUUUACAAGACUAAAAUCUUAAUUAAAUCAUUACUGAAGAAAAUAAAGUCGUAAAGUAAAUGAAGUCUAAAAGCUGCUUUUGUGGAGAAGUAAAUGUCUGGAACUGGUCAACUGCAGAGUUAUCUGUGGGUGCAUCAGUGGGCCAUUCAGAGGACUUUUGUGGUUUCUCAAGAAACAAUCCAAAUGAUGAUCAACAUUUGCGAUUCAGAGGGAGUCGAGCUCCAACGAGCACCUCGUCUGUCUCUGAUGCCUGCACAACACUGGCAGCAACCUACACCUGCAGAGGCACCAACACGUUAUGGCAUAUAGAUCCAUACGAUAAACAAAAGCCAUAUGCUAUUACUAUUGCUAUAAACGGCUGCAUUGAGGGAUUUAGCCUCUGCACAGCCAUUUCCAGCCAUUUUCCCCUCCUCAAAAACAGCGAUUCCCUACAAGUCCGCCUGGUUCUGUCUGCAGAAAAGAUGCAUUUCUUGCAUAUGUCCUGAUACUUAUGACAAUGUGAUGCUGAAACACCAAAGGAUUUAUCUCCUUGUUUGUGAAACCUAGCUACUGAAGUUCAAUUCAUCUAAAUGCUCCACAGCGCUCAUUCAAACAACUAACAACAGGUUAGAAUAGCUAUUAGCUACGACUUUAUUCUCGUAAGUUAUGAUUUUAUUACGACUUUAUUCUCGUAAAUUAUGAUUUUAUUAGGACUUUAUUCUUGUAAAUAAAGAUUUUCCUACGACUUUAUUCUCGUAAGUAAUUCCAAGGUCUAAUUUUUUUUCUUUUCUUAAUGUGGUCCUGAUGCUCGGUCGUACCAGAAAAAAAAAGUGCGUUAGGCAGUAAAACAAACUAGUACCAACACUGAUGCUGGUAUCCAAAAACCUCUAAACAAAGUGUUUGGUUUUAAAAGGGAAGCCAGCUCAUCAGGGCAUUAAAUCUGAAUUCUUUUGAAUGGCCUGCAUGGGGUUGUUAGUAUCAAGAGUAACAAAACCAGACUUCUUAUUCAUAUUACACCAGAUCACCUGUUCUGUGUUUCUUGAUUGUGUUUGUACUGUCUCAAUUGCUAAUCUGCAAUAUAGCUUGAUAUUUCUUUGGUAAUGUCCUGUUCAAACUAAGAUUUCAAGCAGAAAAUGAAGAGGUCACAUCUUUUUUAUUUUAUCCAAUGAUAUAGCAAUGUAUGGUAUGGUAUGGUAUGGUAUCCUCUCAUAUCAUACCCUUUCGUAAUAUAUUAUGUCAUAUCAUAUCAUGUGAAAUCGUAUCAUAUCAUAGCAAUUAUGCUGUACCGUACUCUUUUGUACAUUGUAUCGAAUUAUUGGAACCCAACAAAACUGAUUAUGUUUUUAUACUUGUGGUGGACAAGUUGUAUCACAGUGUUUGCAACCGUAACAAAGACCUUGCAAUGCAUAUUCACUCUUUCAACCUGAUUUUAUCCGUUUUUACUAAAAAGAAAAGGUUAAGAUUGCAUUGCGUGAAAUACUUGAUUUAAAAAUUCCAUAACUUUAUUCAUUCUACUUUGUUCACUUCGUUAUAUGGUGUCUGGAUCCCUUUCCGUUUCGCCCUCUGACAGCAUGUGUGUGGAGAUGGAUGGCCCUAAUGCCUCAGUCGGAAUUAGCUUGAGUAGCACGUACAUAUUAUUAGAGUUUUGCCCUUCGUCUCAGUACCUACACAUCUGACCCCAUGUGGUGUAAACCUCCCACAAAACAAUAAGAUGGAUGAACCAAAUGACAGCAAAUUACACAGUAAAACAGUUUUUUCUUUUUUUUAACAGCACACAGGUUUAUAAAGAAACAGCUCCUCACUCAUUAGUGCUGAAAUGACUCGCCAUGUUGGCAGCAGCAGUCUCUUUUCUUCCUGUGGGAUUCUUCUAUUCUGAAAUGUCAAUACAGAAGUAAGGAGACUUUUCAAAUCCUGCAGGAAAUAUAAGACAGUGCUUUGUUGUUUUUGCUCAAAGAGAGGUGACAGAGGUUAUCUACGUCUAUCAUACAAGCAGAAGACUGGUGUUUUUAUUAAACUUCACCUGAUCAAUUAAUCAUCUGAUGUUGAACUGAGUGGUUUCAACACCAGGCAUGUUAUUUCACAUGGAUUCUGGUGGUUUUUAGAUGUCUGAGCCCUGGUGUUUGGAGUCUGAGCCUGCAGUGGCGGCAGCAGGGGCGCAGGCUCUUAAUCAUGGAGAGGGAUGAAAGUGUCCCGCACAUGUCUGUCUCCCUGUGGGACGCCAGCCUUUGAAUGCUUAAACAGCUCCCUGAAACGGAGAUCGUCAGUUUCUCAGUGUUUACCCAGUCUCAGAUUUCCCUAAGGAGAGGGGAGUCAGAAAUAUCUUCCUGUCUGCAAGACUCCUUCUUUCCUCCUUUUUAAAAACGUAUUAUUUAUCUUGUAUGAGGAGCUACAUCUCAGUCAGAGCAUGUGAUCUGCCACUCACACCACAUAUUAUGAUCAAUUAGGUCUGAAUAAACUCUGAGUUUCAUUUUCCCUGCCAGCCUUGAAUACUUACUUGAAUAUCAUUGUUUUCUUUCACAGUAUGAAUUCAAACUGAAGAAUAUCAAGAAAAAGAAGGUCAACAUUGUCGUAUCCACUGACUCUGUUAAAGUGAUUUUGCGAAAAAAGAGGAAGGUAGGUCUUGAAAAUUGUGAACUAUUUCGCACUAAGUGUCUUGGCUGUCAGGUUUACACCUUUGCUGCUUUACACUCCCACUUGUUUUGUGCUCUUACAGAGAAAAGGAUGGUCCUGGGAUGAAAAUACUAUCUUGGUGACACAGGAUCCCAUCUACAGGUAUAACGGUCACCUGGUAUUAAAUCACAAAGCUCAAUAUAAUUAAGCCCCAAUCAGAGCAUGAUUAUGUUUUGUCUUCAUUUCACUAGGAUCUUCUAUGUCUCACAUGAUGCCCAAGACCUGAAGAUUUUCAGCUACAUCGCCAGAGAGGGACAGAGCAACGUUUUCCGCUGCAAUGUUUUCAAGUCAAAGAGGAAAGUAGGUUUGAUUCCUGAUAAACUAAAAAUGUUGAGCUCUUUUUUUUUUUUUUUUUUUUUUUCAUUGAACAAUAUAAAAAAAAUCAAUUGCUGCUGCUUGAGUGCAUAUUUGUUGGUUGUACAAGGAGUAUGACUAACAAAAGGCUUUUAUCUUAAAGUCCUUUGAGGAGCUCCAAACUAAUUAUGAGACAGAAUUAAACGGACAAUAAACAGACCCUCACACCUUUGUGUAUGUUGAGGUGUGUUGUAACUGUGAGCUGUUGAAAAGCUGUUCAUUUUGCAGCAGCCGCCACUUGAAAACAUGAAUCAGUUUAGAUCAGUGUAGGGCUGUCUGCACACAUAUAACAGCGUAUUACUGGCUUUGUUGGUAGGUGGGCUAUGACUUUAACUAAAUCAUCAAUGCAGAAAUGUUGGUGACUAUGACAAAAAUGUAAAUGAGUGACAGCUGGUACUGAUAUCUGUGAAACCUGUGAAAUUUGGAGCAGAUUGGGCCUUGCAUGAAGGAGUGUAAAUACUUCUUGUUUCAUGGCGGGGUAUCAAAGUUGAUGGGCAGCCAGGGACAAAACAUUUGAUAGAAACAACAUCUCAGAUAAGCUUUGAUAUUUGAAGCAACUGAUGAAGUUGAAGCUGACUAAUGCAGAACCCAUAGGACAAGUUAGUUCAAAUAUAACCUCUGAAAAUCUGUAUGGCAGACUCCCUGUUGAGUUUGGGGUGUGGAUGCAACAGUAUUUUUGUAGGUCUGGAUAAAAUUUAUAUGCACACCCAAUUUCAUAACUGUAGAUUGAAGUAUCCCUGAGGCACAUGUGUAUUUGUGAAUUUUUGUGAGUUUUAGGGCACAUUAAAGCCACUAAACUUGAGACUCAUGACAAAAAGAGAAAGAAAAAAAAAACAAAGGAUAAAAAUCAUUUUGAGUUUCAACAGGUCUUUGUGCUUGAGCCCUGUUAAUCACAAAACCUGAAUAUUAUCAACAAAAGCAAGUCCAUCUAAACUCCAAAUUUUCAUUUUCAGUGCAUGUAGAUGCCGCUGUAGGGUCAGCGUGAAGUGAUUGAUCACAUUCAGUGAUAGUGGUCGCCGGUCUCUAAGGGCGCCAAAACUGCACAGACCAACAGUUCUUCGUAAAAGCUUUAGGAUCAUCUAAAACCCAUUUGUAAGCCUUACUGUUGCUCUGCAGGUUUUUUCUUGUAUUAUAGCAAACAUUACCCCCAAAACAGCAGAACCACACUGAGACUGCUCACCAAAACAGCUAAUCAGCAUCUGUGAAUAUCCCAGGAAAGGUCUAUUUUCACUGGGAAAAUUCGAAUUAUCUAGUCGUGGAAAUAGAAAAUUGAAAUUCUGGUGCCAUUCGUCAUGCAUGCAUAGAGCUUUAUAGUGUUAUGGCAGUCGCAAUUAACAAGAGCUACAGCCCUGCUCAGUGGCAAAUGGGUGUGACACAUAGACAGUAUAAAACCAACACUACCCACAAAAUCAUAAAUCAUUUAUUUAAUCAACUUGUAAUUCUGGUGCCUGUUCAGGGUUGGGGAUAUUAACAAGCAUGAAAAUGUAGGCAAACAAUUUCAGGGAAAGACUUUGCUUUUUACAGUAAAGUUACAGUUUUUCAAAGGUGUGAUUUGUCGAUUUCUGGGAGUUCUUAUUUUAAUAUAUUAUUUGUCUUCUUGCUGAUAAGGACAUAUUUUUGCCAUGAUAUCACUAUAGCCAAUAACCAGUGUUGGCUUUACUUGGCAUAAGCAAACAGUGACUAAAGAUACUAAAAUAUGUUUUGUUUUAUCCCUGAUGUGCACCUGCUUCUCUGGGUUUUAUCAUCAACAUCUUAAAAAGGCAAAAUAGAGAUAUUAGGUAUGAACUGAUGAGCAUUUAAAAGAGGUUUCAACCUUUUAUUCAAGCUGGCUAUGCUUCAACUGAUGUCAUUUUUUGGCCCUAUGGUCACACUGGCUUCAUGUUUGCAGGUGUUUCAUUGACUUUCAGCAAAAAUUCAUAAAAGCAUCAAACUACUUGAAAAUUACAUGUUUUGUAAGUUUGCAUGAGCUGAAGGUUGGAAGCAACAGGAUAGAGAAGAGAAAGGUGCAAAGUUAAAAAAAAAAUUGGUGCUGUCAUGGAUCAGUCAGAAAUAACAGAAAUAUGGAUUUGUUCCAGCGUUAAUUGUUGAAGUAGACUGCAAACAAUAGAAACACCAAGCCAGUCAAUCAUUUCUUUUGUUUUCAGCUCUAUAAAUAGCUUCUGGUGAUGAUAUCAUUUCUGUUGUCUCAGUAACAUGAAGACCUGGUGAACGUCACUGAGGGCUAAUUCAUCUGAGAGCCAGAGCUCUCACCUGUGUUUGGUGAAAACUCCCCUAUCUCCAAAUAUUUGCGUAUGAAGCAGAAAGCAUUUUUCCCUCUGUGACAAAGACGGAGCAUCAGUGAGGUUGACUCCCGUCCCUUCACCAUGGAUACCAGACUGACGGUGACUUUGUGAGGCUGAAUACUAAUCGCUGUGGUGGGAAGAGAAAAGAAGAGGGGCUUUUUCACUUAGCACUCAAAGACAUUUUCGCCACAGCAGAGUGAACACCCACUACAUUGUCAGGGACACACGACUAGUGGAGCCGAACUGCUUCCCCGGGGCCGCACAGCGUUAUCGGUGCAGUGCAGACGAGGCACGUGUGCUGAGUAGGAGGAGAUGGAGCAGCUGAUAAGAGGAGAUUUGAUUUAUUUUCAUUAGAGCAUGUUGAAGCUCAGCAGGGCUUAGAUGUCAGCUCAAAACGACAAAGCCCUUUGUGUUCAGCCUAAAAAGGAAAAAUAUAUAUUACGAUGAAUGGUUCCCUGAAUUUCUUCUGUGUCAUUUCUUGAUUUAACACUUGACUGAACCACAUUCAAGCGUGAGUUAUAUCGACAUGUUGCCUGGAUGCCUUGAGGCAGCUCACAAAGCAUUUUUACCACUUCAUCCAAGAUAGUCAACAUUUUUAAAAAUUCGCCUUCAGUGAGCUCCAGGGAGGACAUGGAUGGUGGAUAAAGUUCAAUACAAAGAUGCUGCCACCAGGCUGUGUUUAAAGGCUUUAGGGAGAGCAAAACAUCACAAUCAAUAAUGGAAGCAUUGGUGUUUCAAACAUUGGAUUUUUCUCCCCUGUGUGUCCAGCUAAAGAAACAUUAGUACCCACUUUUAAUUGGUUCAGACAGAUCAAUACAGCUUGACCGCCCAAUAUGUUAAACAAGGCCCUACCUUGAUUUUUAUAGAUAAAUGAUUAAAUACAAAGAAUAAAAUAAAGUGAGCACAUUUUGGUGACCUUGGGUGUUGUGCUUUAUGUAUUCAAAGGAAGAGUUUGACCUGUACAAAGAUGAUUGCUCACUGUCAUGAGAGAAAGAAAGCUUGAGUUUACACUUUGGUAUCAAGAACAGAAUAGCUUACCUGGUAAUCUCCAAAACUUCACAAAAACUCAUGAUGCCUUGACACAAAAUGAUUCUUACUAUGGUUUUAAUAUUCUGUUGCUCACCAAGACAACAUUAACAUCUUAUUUCGAACCAUCCAGAUACACAGAGUAGCAUAUGUUGAAUACAUUUAUUUUUAUUAUUCAUAUUAUUGAAUUUCCCUUUGGGGAUCAAUAAAGUUCUUGUAUCGUGUAUCUUGUAUCUUGUUAGGUGGAAUCUAAGACCCACAUGGUAGCAUUUGGUUUGUGUCGACUUUGGCGCCCCCUAUGGACAAACUGGCACCUGGUCUUGCUGUACUUUUCUAUCCUGUACAUUAGUGUGGUAUAUUUUUUCAAUGAAGUAAUCCACUUUAUCUCACUUUAUCUGACACCUACCCUUAUAUAGCAGUUUAGGCUUAAAAAUCUCUAAACAGAAAUGAGAAAAGGUCUUAAUCAGGAUCAGGUUUACUUUUGGAGGUCAGAAAAAGGUAACAGUGUUCAUUUCAAACCCAGCUCAAACUCUUCUCUACCUUAAAGUUAGCAUAUACAGGUAGGUUUUGUUCUGCUUUGGUCAAGCUUGAAGGGUAUAAAGAAAAAGUUGUCUUGAUUUCUCGAAGGACUCUUCAUUUGGCCUUCUUGAUAGAGGUCUCAUCAUUCAGCUCAUUUUGAUAACAGAACUACCUUUUGAAAUGUAUUUUAUGAUUUGUUUAUGACUUCAUUAUGAACAAAAGUUGGUUCUGGAUGUUUGAUAUGUUCUCCAUCUCAAAUAAUUUACUUCUAAUGGCUUUUAAUAAGAGGCAAGUUGGGAAACAAGAAAUAGUUGAUUUUUGCCUCGUCAUGUUUGGACUGCAAACUUCCUGUCGUCAUCCUCAGUAGAGUCAUUUUUUUGUUGUGACGUUGUCUGUUGCUCUCUGAAUCGAUGACUUUGGCCUUUAGACAGGAUUCAAUUAUACUUAAGUAAGAAGUGGUAUCGUAAUACAUGUCUUUUAGUGUUUUAUCUUUUAAAAAGCUUUCUUCAUUUAUGUCAGUUCUGUAAUCGAUAAAGUAAAUCAAACAUUGAUGUAUUAAGAUUUCAUCCUAACUUUUGAGAAUAAGCAUUGUUCAGUAUUUUCUAAAUAUGAAAAAUCAGCUUACAGUAUGUGUAGCUGCUCGCACGCUAAUGGCUUUGGUACACAAGGGGCUCGGCUUCAGGGCUGCAGCUGGAUGUUAAUUACUGACAGUAGCUGCAGAAUGAGAGAGAAAAUGAGACAUCAAUCACUUCAUCUGACUACCCGAGAUGAGCACCCUCACUGGUUGCCACAUUUUGCCAUUGUAUUCUUAAAGUACUUCUGCAUGUCACAGUUUUUUAAGAUUUGUUUUGUUUGUUUUAUACAUAUUGUGUAUGAGUCACUUGUUUCUUAUUAACUGUGCUGUUGCUGUAAUGUGUCAGCGCUGUGUGUGACUCAUCUCAUAAAAAAAAUUACAUAUAACAUCCUUGCAAGAAGGAAAAUUAAGUAGUUUUUUAAAAUGUGGUCUCCAUGGAAACAUUGUGUUGUGUCGGACAGAUCCUGAAUACUUUUGACAUAUUCUGUGAGGACAUAGUUGGUUUUCUUCAAAUUAAAGCUAAUUAUUUUUGUCUUAGAUGCUGACACACCUACUGAGCCCUCCUCAACGACAAAAACUUCUUAUCACUCCCUCUGUCAUCACAGUUACUGGCCUCUGAAAUUGACCGAUCCAUCACUAUGACAGCUGAGUGUAUGCAGAGCAGAUAGACAAGGACACCACACUCUGUGCUCAUAAUAUCCUCAGACUUUUAUGAGUUCCUGUCUCCUCUCCUCUACCUGUCACUGUUUUCCAUCAUCUUGCGUCUUUACUUGCGGACAAACACAGUCUCCUUCAUUUUCCCACUUUUCCUCCUCUGGCAUCUCAUUUUCUUCCCCGCUGCUUCUCCUCGUUUUUGCAUCCUUCCUCACUGUGCUCCUGCUGCCGCUCCCCCAGCCCCUGCUCUCAAAACCUCAACACACAUACACACACACUUUUUUUUCUGUGUCCUCCUUGCAGUCACAGGCCAUGAGGAUUGUGCGGACUGUGGGUCAGGCUUUCGAUGUGUGUCACCAGCUGACCCUGCAGCAGAAAAGCGACCAGGAGGAUGAGGAGGGGAAAGCGGAGGAGUCGGAAGCUGUGCCAGGUGACCCACACUUACACACAGACAAAAUUAAACCCACAAAUCUAGACCAUCCUUCCCCCCACCUCUCUGUCCUUCCCGUUCUCCUUCUGUCAAACACACACACACAUGAUCUCCUUUCCUCCCCUCCGACAGGAACACACAAACAGAAAUGCCUGCAGUAACCGCACACACGUCUCAGAGAAAAUAUGUCAUUAUCAGCCGUCACUGUUUUCUCUGCAGCUUGCCCGGCUGAAGCUGCAGCUGUGUUUGGUGUGAGCCAUUGAUCAAACAUUUUAUGGGUUUCUGCCAGCUCUGCUGCUGCUGCUACUGCCGCUGCUGCUGUCACUGCCUCUAGAUUCCCUGCAAACCCUGAAGCUUAAAACGAUAACUGCAUUGAAAUCCUCAUCUCUCUGGUCUUUCUGCAGCAAAGAAAAGGUUUGCGUUGUCGGAGGAGACCGACCUUGAAGGCACCACAGAGGAGAGCAUUGAGUGCGUCUCUUCGUCAGACCCUGAGAGGAGCAAAAAGGACGAGGUCCUUGGUGUUGAUGGGAAGGUAGAGUACAGAAGUUGUCCUUAAACUUUUCAGUAAUGCUCCUAUAAAGCCAUCAGACACUCAGAUGGUUUGUAAAGCCUGCAGAGAUAAAGCAAACACUGCAAAGUGUUAUUUAUGGAUGCCUCUGGCCUCAGUCUGAAUGAAAGCAGCAGCUAAUACCAGUGCGUCAACUGAUACAUUUUCAUUAUAUCCUUGUAUUCAUCAUUAUUUGAUCUAGAAAAGGUAAGAAUUUCCUUUGCGUUUGAAUAGGAUCAUCCAAAAGUGUAUUUUUUCUUUAGAUAUUAGAAACAUGUUCAGUUUGAGAAGCAGCAACCAGUAAAUCAGGGGUGUCAGAAUGUAAAUAUUUUCCGUUUAUUCAGAUCAGCCCAUGAAAACAUAUUUUUAUGCCUUAAAUCAAUGUGACCAUGAAGGGAUAGGUGUCAGCUGAGAAACAACCCUAUUUUUACAAUUAUUCACAAUACAUGACAAUACAUUUAACUGCAUGAAGACUCAAAUUAAACAUGUAGAGGAAAGAAGAGCAAAGACUGCUUUGUCCACAGGGGAUGUCAACAUUGACACAAACUGAAAGUAUGUCAAAGAAGUAAUAUGGACUUUGUAAACUUCAUCCCAUCAUUUUUUACCUAUUUGCUUCAUGUUAGAAUAACACUUUAAAACUCAGCUUAUCAUUCAUACCGUAAACAAAACAUCAAAGGUCACUGGAUUUCAUUUUUUUGCUUGCUAAAUCUAUUUCAGAUUUGUUAUUCAGUGCAGUCUUUUUUGUUGGAAGGUAUUUAGCACAGAUUUAAUCAAAGUAAUAAUUGAAUGUGAUAUUGUCUCUGUUAAAGUACUAGAAUAAAACCCUGAUAGAAUAACCAGAAGGCAAAUAGCACAUUGUCAGAUGGUAACAUGAAAACAUUACUUUUCAAAGAAACACCAUGGUUUACUGCCUACUUUGCUUUCUUGGAUUAAAAGUCUGGUACAUGAUGUCAGGAAAUCUUAUUUCUGUCUGCAUGAAUCAAUCAAAUCAAUCAGUCAAGCAGUCUUUAUUUAUAUGGCAUUUUUCAUACACAACCAUGUAGCACAAAGUGCUUUACACAGCAAAGGAAAAAAAUAAGGAAUAAAGAAAACCUGGAUCUACCCACAUCCAAUCCCUCAUUUCCACACCACAAUCUUAAAGCAACAGAAACAUGUAUGGAAAUGCAUUAAGUUGAAAAGGGCUCCAUUUCAUGGAAACAGGAAUGUGUGCACUGAGGAAACGCCAUUUUAAAAUUCAAGAUAAGGAAACACUGGAGGUUAGGUCAAAAUCUAAACACAGAGAAACAUAAAAUGAAAUUUAAGAAAUAACAAUUAAAAUGAAAUAAAAACAACAGUAAAAAAUACUAGAAUAAGAGCACCAAAAUAGCUCAAUAAAAGACGAUUCUGUCAUUAAAACUAGAAAGAGAUAAAUGCAAAAACACUUAAACAAAGAUAUAAAAAGCAAAAACUAUAAAAGCGAGACUUAAAAGGUACAUUUCGAGUUUGGUUUUAAAAUCAUUAAGAUUGACUGGCCAAGGAUGGCUUUGUCUUUGCUUAAUUGAAGGGAUCUCUGUUAAAUCCAACUACUUUUAUUUAAGCAGAGCGUUUCUUCAUUUCUUCCUCUGCCUCUAUGAGCCUGUUUCAAACAGCAUAUGAGAUAAAGCACAAAAAAAGCAAGUCUGCUGUUAUGUAAACAACACAAACGAUUCCUUUAAUAACUGAGCUACUUAUUCAAAGUUUCAUGGCCUGAUGCGACACAAACAAGUUGUCAAACCACAUACGUUUAUUCUCUUUGAAGGGAACAUGUUAAGAUAAACAGGACGUGCUUGAGCAGGCGCUGUUUUCCAAUGAUUUAUUGAAAAAUUCUGACUGCUUUGGGAUAAAUAUUUCUUGGAUGUUUUCAGCUCACAGGGUCAUGAUGAAAGUUUGGCAUCAUAGACAGCCGGAUGAGGAUGAGAAAAAGCAGCGAGUAGCUGUGUCUUCAAGGCUUGUUUAUGAAGAAGAUGUUCUGUGAAGCUCUUAAAUAUUGAUGCUGUCACAUGCUUUAUUAAUGAAAACAUAUCUGGGUUCUCAGCGCUCUGCUAAUCCUGAGAUGUUGAACAAGCAGCUAUCUCAUAUUUGUUAGCUUAGUCUCUGUAGCACCCUGUCAGCUUUACCACCCAAGAGAUAAACACUGCUGUGCUGGCAAACGUUUCAGUGCUAUGAAGGGUUUCACCUCAAAUUUCAGGGUUCUUGAAUAAAAAAGAAUAUCCUCUUUUAUUAAAUUCUGAUGCUGCUCUGCUUAUCUCAAAUACCGUUUACAAUCCUAUAUGUGUUUUAAAGGUCAGACGUCCUUCAGAAUCUUCAUUAAUGGCAACAGAGUCCACCAUAUUGAUCCUCCUUCUCAGAUAUGACAGAUAAGAUAUGUCCUUCAUGGCUGCUCUCCUCCCAGCAGCGCUCUAACAUAAUUGUGUGAGUCAUGACUCCUCUGUGGUGGAACCAUCUAAUAGCAGCCCAUGAGGUCAAUCUGUAGAUCUAUUUAAAGGUACUAUCGACUGAACUCCCAUUAAAGUGCCAUUUUCACAAUCAGAUUAACUGAUGCCACUCUCUGUUAUUUACAGCAGAUUUCCCUUAACACAAUGAUACAGUAUGGAUGUGCAGGAGUUAUCACGGUUAAAAAGAUUUUUGAUGUUUAAGAAACAGACUUAAAAUUCACAUUUAUGCUGAAGGCAAACGAGACCAUCUGGGACAAGACUUACAUCUUGUAUGUUUUAAUUUUUGAUGCCUAAAACUGGGUUGAGGAGGGUAAGGGUCAGCCAAGCAGUUAAAGAAACAGCCCAGUUUUUACAGUUUCCACAUGAAGUAUUUACAAUAAAUAAUACACUUGACUGGCAAGGCCUGAUCUCCUCUAUAUCUUUUGCUAAAAAAAAUAUUGAAGACUUAUCUUGGGUAUCUUAUAAAAUUUUACUGUUUUGAUUGACUGUCAAUCAAAUUAGAUUAAAAAAAUCAAAACAAAUCAAAAACUUUCAGUGUCAAUCAAGAGUUGAAAACAAAGAAAUUUAAUGUUCCUGUGGGGGACUUUUGCUUUGAGUCAAUUUUGAUGCUCCCUGUAGACAAAGCAGUAUUUUCUUUUAUGUCAGCUGCACAGUUAAAGGUGGGAAUAGGCAGGAUCUGAGUUAGUGCCAGUUUUUGGGAGAAAUCUUGAAUGUAAACACUAGUUCCUUCUCUCCCCUCCCUCUCUGCUCCAACAAGCCCCGCCCACAAACAGACGCUGGUCCUCGCUGUAUCGUUCUAAUUAAAUUCAGAUAAGCACUUCAGAUAAUUACAAAUGGGGCCCAGUCAACGUGAAAGUAAAAAGCAUUGAUGCUACUGUAGAUGCCAUCAGACUACCAGCAAACACAAUGUUUUCACUUUAUCCUUGUAUGUCACUUGGAUAAAGUGACAUACUCCUGGACCUGAGGAAAACAGUUCAGUGGCGCUACAACAUGCAGCAGGUCCCGUUUGACAAGAAACACUUCUGUUACAGAUGCUUGUCUUACUUUGUUAAAGCGGUUUAAAGGUAACAGGGUCCGCAAGAUCCCAAAGCGUUCACUGAUGUUGACCCUGCUUUUUAGCUCUUGUCCGGUCUACCUCCUUUUCAAGCGGCCGUUAUUCCACCAGAGUCCUCGGUAUUUACUUCGUUUUCUCGCUUGUUUUGGCAGUUGUAGCCAAAGGAGGAUUCAGACAAUUUUCUGUACUUUCUGGUUGUUUUCUGCUGUCUGAUAUUGUAGCUCGCUAACUUUGUUUGGGCUUGUGAACGUUAUUCGAGGAUGUGGAGUGUGUCUCACAACAUGAGGGAGCAGGGUCUGCCUCACAACCAAUCAGGUUGAGGGAGACGGAGAACAGCUUUGUUUACAGUCAGAAUGAGCAGGCCGCUCAAAAAUGUUAAAAUGUUGACUACACAGGUGUAAGAGAACACAGCAAUAUCGUGAUAUUCCCAAAUGUCAUCAAUAACUAAUAACUAUUGACUGAUAUUAAAAGUUGUUUUGUAUAAACACCACCAAAAAAAAGAUGCUUCUUUAAGGGAAUCCUGCCUACCCCAAUAGUGUCUUUUCACAAAAAAUCUAAUGUGUCUGACUUUUGACAGUCAAGUGUUCAUUGUAAAAACAGAGGUGUUUCUCCAGCUGCUCACCCCUUCACGUAGGUUUCAGGUAUAGAAAGUUAGGAUAAAAAUGUUGCUGCUGAUAGUCUUGUUUACUUCUAGAUAUUAUAAGAAGGUGUCAAUUUAGAUGUCAGUCCUCACCUGAGCUUUAAAAGUCUCUGAGCAAACAAAUGUGUCGGUGAGCUGUUUGAAAUAAAGUAGCAAAGGGGAAAAAUGUGUUUUAGUUGUAAAGACAGAACAAAGCAUAAACUCAAAUAGAAUUUGCUCUCACAUCUUUAAACAUCUCAACUCUAAGUUAUACAGCUAAUGUGUUUAACGGCAGCUCAAAGCAUUUACUGUAUAAUGUUAAAAAGCCAGCACCAGCAGGUCUCAGUUAUUUUGCGAGUAUUUAUUCAAGAGUAACUGAUGAUGUGAAAAAUAUUUCCUUCUUCAGCAUGUUCAUUGGCUGGAGGAAUUGAAUAAAGGUCUUUGUGGGUAAAUAUUGUAUUUUUGGGUUAAAUUCAAACACCGAGAUCUUCUGUCUUUCUUCAUUCAUCUUCAAACAGCUCACCUGUGAUUCAGGUGGGAAUCCAUCACAGGAGCAGGCAAAAACACAGAAUCCUACAUCAACAGCAGCCUCAAUGGAGCGCCGUCGGCUUCUGUAUUGAUCUGCCUUUGCUGUGAAAUAAAACACACUCCUUCUUCUCUUUUAUACUUCAUGUGGUGGAAAUAGAAUUGAUCUUUCUUCUUCUCCACCAAGAAGCUGCAGUCUUAACCUCAUCUUUCUACCUGCACCUCAUUCAGCACGGAGAAACAGUUUUUGUACGAAUCAAAUUGCUUACUGAAGUCACAGUCACUGUGGGACUUCAGGGACAGUGGGUUUAGAAAAUACACAUUGUUCAAGGUUUUGUCUAAAAAUCUCACGGUUAUAUUUUGGAGAUAAAGUCUCUGACUUUGGAUUUUUCUCUCUGAAUGAAGAGAUAGUCUCCCUCCCUGUAUCUCCACCCUCUCAAAGGAGUUCGACUUGUAGAGAGAGAAUGUUUUAUUCCCACUGUAAAAAUUUUUAUUAUCCCACACUAUGCCUGACUUUUAAUUUUAUCUCCCAUAAAGCCUAUCCACAGUAAGAACACAUAUAGAGACAUGUUUUAUUGUCUCAACUUAUUUGAAAAAAAAAAAGUAAUGUACGAUCUGUUCAAUUUUACACUUCAGGAAGCUUUCUUGCUGGUAUUUCUUAAAUUUCUUUGCACGGUGCUUUGUUUCUAGCUGUGUAUUUAAUAGGAUGAACACUGCAGCUGCCAUUUUUGAGCAGAUGCUAAAACGAAGAUAACCUUCCUGCACAUGACUUUAACUUUAGGAUAAUGUAGAAAGCAAAAAGUUAAAUUUACACUCAUGUUUUCUGUAGGUUUCCAAUGACCAAUCUCUCCUGCUGACCUCCCCCCUCCUUGAAGCCUCUGUGUCAGGUCAGUCAGCAACAGACGCCCCCCUCUCUGAAGAGCAUCAGGUCCAGCUCUUGAAGAAACAACUGCAGCAGCAGGAGCAGCAGGCACUGGCAGCUUCAGCACAGGUAUGGAUGGCAUCUGGUUUUCUUUGUUUUACAGAUAAAACUUAUCAUUUAUAAACAUAUCCUAAUCAAUACAAUGUUUACUUCUUGUUUUGACAAUAAAACCACUGAUGGAUCUUCCUGAAACAAUUCUCUAACCUCAUUAUUUCCUCCCUCUGCUCAAUAAACAGAAAACAGUUAUAUUUCUUGAUGGCAAAAGAAACUUUGAUAUGGAUUUGGGUCAUUGUUUUCAAUCCCUCACUGAAACUAAAUGGCUUUCACAAUGACCAAAAUUUUAUAUUGUAUGAUAAUUCACUUCUCAUAAUCAAUACCACAGACAAGAAAAGGGCUGUCUCCUUCUUAUAUUUAUUCCUGCAAUCAUAAAGUGGCCUUUUAUCCAUAGCUAGUUGUUCAUUUUUACAACUUUCAAGGGUUACUAAAGUACUUUUUUACUUUAAGCUCUGAUUUAUGUUUCACUUUAAGCAUGUAACGUGUUACUUUAUGGGCCUGAUUCACUGAGCCUCCACAUACUAAUUGUGUGUACAUUUCAACAAACGGUAGGUUUUGUGAGUGAUCAACCAAGAAGAACUGCAUAAACUAUGUCAGGUGCAUCGACUAUGGAGGUAAAUUAGGGUUUUGUGUGUUUAACUGGUGCAUGCCAUAGAGAGUUCAGAGAGAUAGCUGACCGACAGCUCAAUAAGAUGUAGUAAAAAAGGGAAAAAAAACAUUAAGUGAGCUCAAACAAAGACAUUUAAAUAUUAAAAAAAAGGGACACCAUAUGUGAGGGUACAAGUAAGGAAGUAAAUGCUGUUGGUAAAACAAGAAAAUAAAAAGUGACAUCAAUAAAACCGCAGAAAAACAAAAACAUGAAACUUCAGCAAAUAAAGCAGGCCAUCCCCUCCACACUCUUCAAAUCAUCCAGAAUCGAUAGAAACCCUGCCAGGCCACAAUUUGAUGCACAAACUAAAAACCGUCUGCAGCUCCUGGAGAUGGAUUUUUAUCGACGGAGCAGGAGGUGCAAGCUUUGUCCUCUGUGUUGCGCUCACUAGACAGCUGGUUGGACUGUGUCUGCUCUGAAAAUGGCCAUGAAUGUUCUACAAGGAGCAAAUAUGCUGCAUAAGAGGAAAAUCUCAAGCAGGAAUAUGAUAUUCACAAACAGAGGAACGUAUAAGGACAGAAAUUUCUAUUUAAGUUUUAUUCAGGCUUAAGUAGCUGUGUUUGGUUAUGAAGUUUGUUCUCCAGAAGAUUCCUGAAUAGUAAUUUCAAAACGUUUACGAGAAAUGACUUUGAAUCACAUCAAUUUAUCAGAUAUAUGUCUGUAAUUCCAUCUCCUUCUCCCCACGAUAACAGCAGCAGUCUGUGCGCAACAUCUGGCACCAGGAUUCUCAACGAUGUUAUCUUGCUCAUUUAAAAGACAGUCCUCUUUACACACCCUUCAGUAAAUCAGGCUCUAAGUGUAUGAUUUUUCUCAAUCCUGUUAAAUUUCAUCUCGAAAUUAACUUUUUUUCCCCCUUAAGACUCCAGAGAAUGCAGAAUUGAUUCAGCACAUUAUUUUGCAGCAAGCAGGAGUGCCUGUUCAUUCAUAGGAGGCUGUUAUAAAUUUGCACAAACAAAAGGAGUUUGCUGACUUCUUGUUUGUGCAUAAAGACCUUUCAUAAUUAAAUUCAUCGUCUUUCAACCGCAAGAGAGAUGUAUGUUUCUUGUAUUUCUUUCCCUGGCAAGUAGAAAACCUUUAUUGCCUCUAUAUUGGUGUUCAUUUAAUGUGCUUCCUCUGCAGCAGGAGUACAACUUUAUUAUCAACCAGAGAAUAAACACUGAUCAGAGGUCUUUGUCUGCAGCAGCAUCGACCCUCACAGUGUCAAAACUGUCUUCUGACUUGAUGCUUCAACACACAGAAGCUGACAUAAAUAUUAAGCCUUACUUGGAGAAUAGCUGUGCAACAAAUAUAAUGUUGCUAAACACACUUUUUUUUCCAGUUUUCAUUGUUUUUGAUCCAAAUUAUCACAUAUAAAAGCUAUUCCACAGAGACCUCUUCAGCAGGCUGAAGGUCUGCCAAACUCUCAGCUUCACAAAUGGAGAGAAAAUCCAGAAAUGAUUUCUACUAAAUGAAAGAAGUCAAAGAGGAGCUAUCACUUACAGGCUCAUUAUGGAGAGAUGCCUUUUGGACCACUUCAUUACUCGUCUUAUAAUGUUUAAGCUGCUAAACUCAGGGCCUCUUUCUUAAUGUAAUUCCAUAAAAGUAGUAAUUUCUUCUUCUUUUAAAACAUGGAAACAGUUUAACAACCUCUUGAGGUCCGUAUAAUCCUGUCAUUCACUCCAGUUGUAAAGCCUCAGUAUUCUGUAUUCUGUCCUUCUUUUAACAAACUAAUUAUUUAUUUGUGCCUCAGCCAAUGGGUUUUGUUUUUUUAAAACAAAUUGGCUUAUUUUCUCCUUCUUCGCACACUGUCCAGAAAUCCAGGGGACAUCUGUUUAUGAACUCAUAUGUUGAGCUUCAAGUCCCUUAGCUUAACUCCGAAACAUAUCCAAUAGUAAAAGAAAAUGUAAGCUGGGAGAAGCUCGAAGGGGAAUAUAAGUUCAGGGUCCUUUUGGACGAAGAUGAUGGAAAAGGAAAAUACUAUCUAUUGUAUAUUUAUGCAUUGUAUUACUCGACUUUAAGAAAGCCACAGCCAGCUUCAAAAUCAGAGUUUAUUGUCCCCGAUCAGAUAAACAAGAGCGAAAGCUCACAUUCAGCCUCUCAUGAUUGAUCUGUCUGUUCUCUGCUAUUACAGCAUCAAGAUUUAUUGGCACUCAGAUGCUGUAAAAUCAGCCCCUAUUGUUCCUCUUGCUGCAGUUUUGGUGGUUGCCAUGGUCACAUAAGGAAAGUUGAAGAAGUUAAAUCACAAGAGUGAAGUAGGACCACUGUGUUUACACUGUCUGAAGAGGAUUCAGCAUCCCUGUACUUCUUUACUUUCUCGUGUUUGUGCAAACAUGCUCUUACCAUUAACAAUAACAAUAAAACAAGCACCUUGGGGUCAAGCAGAUUAAAUGAAUAUCAUGUUUACCAUCUUAGUUAAAUAUAUUAGCUUGAUCAGAUUAUUCCACUGUGUUAAAUACUUGAUGCUAAUCAGUUGAUAUCCCAACGGUCUGUUAUUUCCUGACAGCAAAGUGUUGACAGGUAAAGCCUCAUCACAGACAACCAAUCAAAACAACUGAUGGAAAAGAGCAUUUCUAUCUGCCUGUCAAUACUGUGGCAAAAUUGUUGGUUUCUGUCAGAACUCUGAAUGGGUAAACAACAUGGUUACUUUGAUAACUUUAUUUUGCAAACACAAAACUUUGAAUUUUCUGUUUACAGGCUGAGCAAUCAUCAGCACAGAAAAGAAAAUAAAAGAGGUAAAUGGUAUAAAAACAGCAAGGAAUGUUGGAGACAUGAGCUAAAUAAAAGAGACAUCAGCAAAAUUGAAGAAGACAGACAUGAAGCUAACACAAAAUGGAACAUGACCCCCUUUUACCAUCCAGUUGUUGCAUUAUUUCACAAAUAAAGUCAAGAGAUCACCAAACUAAGGAGAACAAGUAUGAAGGGCGCUGACAGCAUCCAUUAAAUGCCUUUUUUAUUAUUAAAAAGAGCUAAUAGAAAAUGUGCCAGCGCAGUAGCAGCAGCUCUAGACCUGGAUAAGGUACCUUUGAAAAAGCGAGCGCAGUUAUUUUUUCCUUCAGACCUGUUGACUUAGUCAAUAUCAGAGUUUUGUGCCUUUUUAAUUCUGAUUGGUCAGAAACUGGAAAGUAAACAUGAUGAACGAGGUGUCGUUCUAAAGGUUAAACUAGUUUACAUAGCACUGACAAAAGCAGUAACUUAAACUAAAAAACUCUCUCUGGGAAAUUUUUAAAGGGCCACGGGGGCAACUGUCAGGGGGUGAACAUUAUGAUGAGAUUCUUCAGAGAUUUCAAAUAUUUAAUAAUAGAAGCAUUAUGAUAUUAUAAACAAAGAGCACACCUACAGUAACAUUUCUUUUUUAAGUGUUUAUUUAUACAACAACAACAAAAAACAGAUCCAGGCAGUAGACAUUUCACAAACUCCAAUAAUUGCUCUUUGUUUUGGGGGCUUGUCCCAUUGACUUCAGUGCAUAAUUUUCCUGCAGGCUUCCCAACUUGCUUCAUGAAAAUUCAUACACACUAUGGAAGAGUUAAAGCACACUGAUCCAGAUCAAACCACGCAUUUUGAUACAUGAUUUGUCCUACAACUCAUCAAACUAUAGGACUAGUAGCAAAUUGAUAUUGGUCCGCAGUAAAAAAAAAAACAGUGCCUUUGGGCUCUGCCUUUUAUACUAUGGACAUCUUGGCUCCGCCUUCUGUCAUUGUACGAAUUUGAAACCAAAAUGCUCUCUGUAUUUCCAGGAUUUUCUCCACUUCCUGGAAUCACCACUUGUGCAGUAGCGUUCUACAGAUUUGGCGAGAGAGUGGCUGUGAUAACCAGUGCUUCAGUGCUUUUGCCCUGUGGCUCUAAUAAGGAUUUUGAUUUAGAGUCAGCACUUUAACAUUUAUUUAAUUGCUCCUUAAGUGAUUUAAUGAUGCAGAGAUAUCAGAGCUGUCCCUGAUUAGUGAAUUGGUUUCAGCUGUGGGCCUGGCCUGAGGCUCACGCGUUGUCAUGGCAACUUGAGCUGAUGGACGCACUGCAGGCUAAGGCAGUCAAAAUGAGAAAAAGCAAAUUUUUUGCCUCAGCGCUGGUCUCACAUUUGAGUUGAUUCAUGAUGCGGAUUCAUCAUAAAAUCUGUACCUCAGAUUUUCUGUGUUUAAUGAACAGUUUGACUCAGUGACGGUGACUAAAAGGGAUAUUCCGGUGUAAAAUUAAGUUAGGCUUACACACAUCAUAAUACCGAGUUCGACACACCAUCAAGAGAUAAUUGUUGCAAAACGCUUGCUUCUCUAGUUAUACCAACUCUAGUAACAGCAGCACGAUAGCAAUACAGAGAGCCACGCCCUCAACCAAAAAGCCACUCUAUAGCCACAAAUAAUGUUCAGAACAGCACCUAACUUCAUCAACAGUACAUAUAGGGCCCCAGCCACAGCACUAGCCACCAAACAUCUUCUUAACUUUGCCUAAUUUCUUUAGCAAAGAGACUAAACACUACUCACCCUCUCUCUUCCAGCAGCUGCUUGUUUGUACGGAGACAAACUGGGCGAGUCCAUCGACUGCAGCGGGGUGACAUUGCUCAAGGAAGAACAUUUAUGAUCAUUUCCACAUGGAAAUACAAUCAGACCGAGAUGAUAAGGCAGAAAAACUACUGCGUCUGCAGUGCAAAAUGAUUUAUAUGAUGAUUAUUACUUCAAGAAAAUGAUAAAUUAAUGAUCAUAAUUGUUCUUCCUUGAGCUGCGUAAGGGCUUUUUGGUUUUAAUAUUUCACUCUAGUGUCCGACUGGACCUCAUGUACGCCCCCUGAGAUGUGUGUGUUUGUCUGUUGAUCUAUUCAGGUCCAUGUACUCCAGGAGCAGCUGUCAGUGGAGGUUUGUGCGAGGACUGAAGCCCAGGCCAGAGUUCAGAGGCUGCUACAGCAGAACACAGACCUGCUGCAGCACAUUUCCCUGCUGGUUAAACAGAUCCAGGAGCUGGAACUCAAAGCUGCAGGACAGCUCACAUCCAGUAAGAGUAAAUCUUGUCCUCAUCAAGAAUACUAAUUGUUGGGACAGACUUGAAAACUUCUGAAGACAUUAGUCUGGUAGAUGUACAAACCUCACAUAGGAAACUUUGAGAAACUUUUGAAGGAAACUCAGGGAUCUGUGUUGUAUUAUUGUAAAGACCUUUAAUGUUUAUUUGAAUGGAACAGCAGAAGUUUUUUUUUUUCACAGUUUUAUAAAAAUAAACAUUUCCUAAAAUUUUACAUUAAAUGUUUUUUUAUCUUGUAAUUACAAAAACAGUCCCUAAAAUUUUUCUUAAACCCAAAUUUUCAGAAACUUUUUGGAGUCUUUGUUGUCAAAACUUGCAGACUGCACCAAUUCGCUUUUUUUAUGCAAAGUGUACGUUACAUUUGGUCUGAAGUCUGUAUGUUUUUUUAUAAUCUUCAAGUUUUUUGUGGCUUAUUUCUCUCCAUCCUUUUCUUUCUUUUUUUCUUUCUUUCUUUCUUUCGGUCUUCUCUGUCAUUAUGGCUCCCUCUACAUCCAUUUCUAGGGUGUAAUCAAUUAUUUCAUAGCAGCCCUCUCAGGAGGUUCAGUCCUGCACACAAUUCCCCCCUCCCUGCUUUUAGCCAGUGGCAAUAUGCUGCCAUAUAGUCAUGAAUUAUCAAAUCCUGUCCACACAGACCUCACCCAGCUCUGUUUGCUCUCACUGAUCUCUGUUUAAACCCCUUUUCUCAUGUCUCAUCUCUCUGUUUUUACAUGAUAUGUGUUAACCAACACACUAUUCUUACUCAUCUUCCUUUUGACACUUUGUCUCUGAUCUUAGUGGGCUCACAGGACAGUCUUCUGGAGAUCACUUUCCGUGCCAAACCCCCCAGUGCAGCCUGUGACACCCUCACCUCCUCUUCAUCUACGAGUGCUUUGGCAGCUCAGUCCAUGCUUCAGAUCAGUGACAGUGCCUGGGCCUCUAGCCUCCCCGGACCCUGCUCUCCGAGCACAGUGGGCACUGCCACCAGCCCGCUGGGAUCAAGCAACAGUGGAAUUAGGUUUGAGUGCUUCCGCUUCUCCUCUCGAGGGGCGGAAAGCCAGGAGCAAAGUCAGGACAUGGGGGAGACCCCUAGUGAUGGAGCCCCUGACGAGAGCUCACUGCUGGGAGAGCAGGUUUUGGGAGCCCUGGAGCUGCUGAGGUUCAGAGAGUCGGGGAUCGGAUCGGAGUACGAAUCAAACACAGAUGAGAGUGAUGACCGGGACAGCUGGGGGCAGGGGGAGGCGGUGGGGGCAGACGGUGCAGCUCGACUAUUUAACGUGCUGAAUGUAGAGAAUCUGCCGGACUGUUUAGGGGAUGAGAUGGCUGUGUAGUGAUGAUGAAGUUUCACAAACAGGAUCAAAUUUAUGCACCAACCAGCUGGAUUAACAGUGCGACUCACUGGACCCAACUAUACAGAGGUCAUAUAUCAUGACUACUGCUGGUAUAGAUCAUUUAUGGUUAAUACUGAACUGAGUGCACACUACUACUGUGAAGGGAGGUAAGUUUUGAGAUCCCCUUAUAAAUUUUAAUUUGUAACCUUCUGUACACAGAAAAAAAAAAGAGAAUAAUGGAUUAAACUUCAUAAUCUAAAGUUAAAAAACAACACUGAAGCAGAAUGUAUAGCUGAACUAAUGUUCUUGUGUUUUAAUCAGUUUGAUUCUCAUAUUUCAGUUAAUCACAUUACAAACAAAAUGAACACAAGGAUAUUCUUUUAAAACAUCAAAUUCUCUUAUUUUUGUUACUCAAUCAGUCUUUUUAUUCCUCAUAAAACAUCGUUUUGUUUUUCAGUAAUUUUUUCACUAUACUGAUCCAAAUAUGACCAAAAAUAUAUGAUAAAAGCAGCUCUAAUAAUUUAUCAUGCUGAGCUAAGUGCUUAUGUCAACAUGCUAACAUGCUUGUGUGAUGUUUAAGAUGUUCACUAUGUAACAAUAGCUACAUACUCUAUGUAAUGCUAAUGUUUGCUAAUUAGCAUUUACACAAAGUAUGACCAUGGCAGGCAGGAAUGUAUAAAGAAAAAAAAGUACAAUACAGAUGAAAUUUUGAUUUGAGAUUAAUUACUUAAAUAUCUAACCAACUACUUUUGUUUUUAUAAAAAUAUCAGUCACUGGACAUGACUAACUGCAUUCAAGAAAAGUAAAACAUAUUUUCGGUACAGGUUGUACUUUUAUGAAUGUGACUCAGUGCAGCUUUUUCUGGUCUUGGAUUGCCUGAUAGUAUGAACACUCUGGUGUUUUAGGCCCUGUCUAAUCUCUGCAGUCUGUCCGUAUGUGUUUUGCACACUGUGUGCGUGUCACUUUGGUGAUUAUUGUAGCUGACUUGGUGCGAUCACCACUCGCUGGGCUUGUUACAUUGUGGUUGUGUCUUUGUUUACGGACUUGUGACACAUUCAGCAUGGACAUUUUCAUUAUGUUGUUUUCUAAAGAUGGUCUAUGAAGUCUGCAUAUAUGCUUACAUAUUUUGGAGUGUGAAAAAUAAAACAUGACUGUGCUUGUUACAGUAUGUAACCUGUAAUUACA